AUGAACCCGUCCAAGAAACUGUUCCUUCCUGUGUUCCUUCUUGCGGCAAUCGCCCACGGCGACGAAACUCCCGGCCACCGCCCCAAGCGAGCCCUCAUAUUCCCGCGCGCCAAUCCGGCCCGUCACCAGCUGGUGGCCGGCUUCGGCAUUCCCGCCGACAUCGAGUACAUCGAGUCCGUCACUUUGGGGUACGUCUUCAAGGCGGUUUACUUCCUGCCGUGGAACUCGUCCCACUGGGUGCCACAGUUUCUGCGCCGCGACGAGGACACCCUGUUCGAACCGGUGGACCUGCUCGACCAGCAGCAGCGGAGAAACUUUGUGGAGGCGGAGAAGGGCGAGGACGGCGAUUGGGCGGAACGAAGUCGGGGGGAAAUCUACCGAGCGCUGGAAGCCAUGGCGGAUCAAAAAGGCCACAACGGCCGCAGCUGCCUGCUGAGGACGAUUUGCGAGGCCGCCGAGGCACGAUUCUCGCACGUGAGUGGAAUCUUUGGCGAGCUGCUGCACAUACUCUUCACCCCGUCGAGCACCGUUGAUCAUCACCCUAACGAAGACUACACGUGGGCCGAAACGUUGCCCGCGCAGUACAGCCCACGCCAGCCCGGUGGUUCCAUCUGUUCGGAUAUGUUUGCCGAGUGUCCCUUCUCGCUGCUGGGACUUUUCACGGGGAUAACGGGUUGA